UUGUUUUCCCAAUUAAACCACCUUAUUAUACAUGGCUAUAAUAACUUAUCAUUAUUCCUUUCUUAACUUUGACCAUUACCCAAAAACGAAAAACAAAAUCCCUUCCAUUUAACUAUUCACUUCCAAAAUUUCCUUUCCUAAUUCAAACCGAUCCUUCUAUAAAAACCCCACAAUUUCUUCCCCCAAAUCAAACCCAAUAUUUCAAUCAAAGAUCAUCAUACAAUCAAAUCAAACCAAAUCAAAAAAUGGCAAUGAAAAAAGAAGCAUCAGCCACUUCAUUAGCAGGACUCGACAUCGCCGGAGCAUUCUUCGCACCAAUCCAACAAGCAGCUCCACCAUCCCCAACCAAACGCCACAUUAAAAUCUCCAUCAUUGGCACCGGCAAUGUCGGAAUGGCCAUUGCUCAAACUCUCCUUACACAAGAUUUAGCCGACGAGCUUGCUCUUGUCGACGCUCUCCCCGACAAACUUCGCGGGGAGAUGCUCGAUUUACAGCACGCUGCCGCUUUUCUUCCCCGCACAAAGAUCGUCGCAUCCACGGACUAUUCCGUCACUGUGGCGUCUGAUCUUUGUAUUGUUACGGCUGGGGCUCGCCAGAUCUCAGGCGAAUCCCGACUUAAUCUUCUUCAAAGAAAUGUUAAUUUGUUUAAGAAGAUUAUCCCUCCUUUGGUUAAAUUCUCUCCUGAUGCUAUUUUGAUGAUUGUUUCUAAUCCUGUUGAUAUUUUGACUUAUAUUGCUUGGAAGUUGUCUGGGUUUCCUUCUAAUCGGGUUAUUGGGUCGGGUACUAAUCUUGAUUCUUCCCGGUUUCGGUUCUUGAUUGCUGAUCAUCUUGAUGUUAAUGCCCAGGAUGUUCAGGCAUACAUAAUUGGAGAACACGGAGAUAGCUCGGUAGCGCUAUGGUCAAGUAUAAGCGUAGGAGGCGUACCAAUUUUGAGCUUCUUAGAGAAGCGACAAAUUGCGUACGAAAAAGAAACCCUUACGCACAUCCACAAGGAAGUUAUAAACUGUGCCUACGAGGUGAUCCAGCUUAAGGGCUACACUUCCUGGGCCGUUGGUUACUCGGUUGCCAGCUUGGCUCGAUCCAUACUUCGAGAUCAACGAAGCAUUCAUCCAGUUUCAGUUCUAGCUAAGGGGUUCCAUGACAUUGAUGAUGGAGAAGUAUUCCUCAGCUUGCCUGCUCAGCUCGGAAGAGGAGGAGUCUUAGGAGUCAUUAAUGUUCCAAUCACUGAGGAAGAAACUAACCAUCUUAAGAAAAGUGCUCGUACUAUUUUGGAAUUGCAAAAUCAGCUUGGUGUUUAGUUUACUUCACCUUUCUUGAUUAAUUAUUAUGAUUAUCGCAAAUUCACGUCAGAGAGAGAUAGUUUUAGAGAGAAUUUCUAAUUCAGCAAGUUUAUUAUUAUUUUUUUAUUUAAUUAAGUUUUAAUAAGUUGUACGUGAAAGAUCUCUCAAAAUACUAGUUGUAUGAUUAUAUAUCUAGUUUUAACAUUUUAUUGUUUCUGUUUUA